CCAACAGCAACUCCAGCAGCAACAAUCAUCUAGUCUUACUGUGUUAAAUACACUUAAGCAAGCAUUUAAAAUGGCAUAUUCCCACAAGAUUGUAGCUCUCUCCAUCUGCCUUCUUUUGGUUUCUCUUGGCUUCCAUGUUGAAGCCCACCACGAUAUGUUAAGCAUGUUUGGUGGUCAUCAUGGUCAAGGAAAUAGAGGUUUGGAACUCCUCUUAGCUGCUGGAUUGUUGGCCAAGUUGCUUCAUAAACACCAUGGUCAUCACCACCAUCAUGGACACCACCAUCAUCAUGGACACCAUGGUCACGCUCUGCAAUACAUUCCUCAAGAAUACGGCCAUGGUCUAGGCUUGCAAUGGGAAUAAUACGUUUUUAUAGUAUCCAUUAUUUAAAUAUCAUCUAUCAGUCAUAUCUGUAUAUACGUCUAUUGUACAAAAUGUAAAGUUUAUGUAAAUAAAUACAUUUUGAUGAAUU